CGUCAAUGCGCUUAUAUACGUGUGCUCGUGACGCUAUGGUCUCGACAGAAAGAAUUUGUAAUGUGGGGUUUAACUCUCCAGCAAGGCCCAAGAAAGUAGGCGACAAAGGUUUUGCGGAACGUUUACAUAACGAUCCUGAACAGCACGCUGUUUUAAGCAAAGCGGAACCAUCUGUCGGGACAGGAAGUAGCAAAAGCAUGGAAGAAAAGCAGCCUGAAGAAAUGCCCAGUGAAGGAGUAAAGGAAACAAAUGAUAGAGUCUUGGUACAACAAGUGAAAAGUGAGCAAGAGGAUGGUGAGGAUGAGGUGAAAGUUGCAGAAAGCCCAGAGCAUUCUGGUGUUACAGAGCCCAUAGAAACCUCUGAUCUUGCUUCAGCUAGCAGAAAAGUGAAGUUGGAAGCCAAGGAGAGAAGAGAGAAGAAGCAAAAAGUUGACGAGGAUGAGAUCCAGAAAAUGCAAAUAUUGGUGUCAUCAUUUUCUGAGGAACAGCUAAAUCGAUAUGAGAUGUACAGGCGUUCUGCUUUCCCUAAAGCUGCCAUUAAAAGGCUAAUUCAGAACAUUACAGGCUGCUCAGUUUCCCAGAAUGUUGUCAUUGCAAUGUCUGGCAUUUCCAAAGUCUUUGUGGGUGAGGUUGUAGAAGAAGCUUUGGAUGUAUGCGAAAAGUGGGGGGAUAAUCCUCCAUUACAACCCAGGCACAUGAGAGAAGCCCUCAGGCGACUAAAGUCUCGGGGACAAAUUCCAAACUCCAAAUACAAGAAGAUAAUGUUCUAAAUACUUGGUAGAUGGCAUUCACCUUAUUUUGGUAUCUAAAUUAGAGGACCUUGGUGAAGGUAUUCCAUACUUAUUAGCAGUAAAUCUAAAGCCACUAGACAUGCUGAGUAAUCUUGACAACAUUUCAGCACUUAUCCAAGCACCAUCUUAAGUGCCAUCAACUGAAAUGAAAUUUCUAGAAAUGUUAACAACUUUAAUAGGUUAACAUUUACUGUAAUCCAGUCACUGGUACCACUGAGCUUUUUUAAAACAGAUUUCAACUGACAUUUAUUGAGGUAAGCGUCAACUGUUCAAAUUAUAUUGCAAGAGGUGUGAAUAAAAUGGUGAUCAAGAUUUUAAGACUGCACCUGGCCAGUCAUACAACUGGCCAGUUCAUAUAACUACGUCCUUCCUCAGUUAACUAUUGGCAUCAUUGUGAUUGGAUCAUGAUGAUCUUCAUUCUCACAUCCAUGUAUUUGAGAACACCUGUCUGAAAAAUCCAAGGAGAACUAAAGUUCAACACUGGGGGUGCCAAAAUGUUAGGCAUCCCUUAGUGAUUAUACUUGCUUACCUGAUACCCUGGGCCGGUGCUCAAGUUUGCUAAAAACUGCACCGGCAAGGGGUAUUUCUGCAGAAGAUCCUUCUUGCCCUCUUCAGCUUCUACCUACACAUGUGCAGUGAAAUACAAAAACAGGUCUGAAAAGUCAGUUUUGUCAUGCUUUUGCCCAAGCUGGAGAAAAGAAGACAAAAGAGGAAGUAAGAUCACAUGACACCGGCCUGGGGUAUCAGUCACUGGAGGCUGCCCUAGUAAUUAACUGUAGUUUUCCUUUAAAUUAGUGUGAUUAAAUUUAUGGUGGUGGUCCAUUUUCUGGCUUGUAUUUGAAUGAACUAGGUGUUUUUUUCAGCACCCCACAGAUACAAUAGUAUUCUCAUGUGCCACCUUGCAGUGAUUUUAAUUGCAACCGCUGGUCAUCCCCAAUAAAGACAGAUUUCAGCCUAAUAACAUCCAUGAAAACACUUUCAGGCCAAAACACACCACACACAGGCAGCAUUCAAGUCAAUAGCAUAUGAGUAUCCUCCAUAGCCAUGCUAUUGGUGAAAACACCUAUUGUGCUAUUAGCCUUAAAAAUGCCAGGAAAUUCCCUAUCACUAAGUUGAAUUAAAAAGGCCUACUGAAUGACUAUUGAAAUGUAUUGAAAGUUACUUGGCAAGGCCAGUUGCUUUUAGAUUUAAAACUAUUAAAUAUUGUAAUUCAGGGAACCCAUAUUUUGUUAGUCUUGUGACUCAAGAAUAGAAUUAGAAUGAAUUAGGAUCCUUUUUGUAAUUAAUAUUGUAACUAUUUACAAUGGUAUAUUGCACAUUUUACUUCAUUACAUUACAUCAUGGAGACCAUGAUUUCUGGGUUCUGACCCAUGGAGAUAAGAGUCCUCUGAUGUAUAUGAAAAUGGAAAUGCAUGACAUGUUGGCGACUAGAAUCAGCUGGACACAAUGUGAAUUCUUAAAUGUGUGACGUUAAUCUUUUAUUUACUGAAGAGAAGCAUGAAAUAUCUGAACCAAGUUUAUGCACUAUCAUUUAUUUUACAGAAGCUUUGUAAAUGAUUGCUUUUAAAGGGACCAAGGUACUGCAUGUAACGGGUAUCAUUUGAAAUAGAAAAAUUCUAUUUUUCUAUGAUCCUUGGUCAUUUAUAUGUAUAGCUAAACUAAAGAAACUUCUUUCUGUUAAUAUUUCUUUCUGAUCAAAAUCUUAUAAAGUGUUGCUAAUGUUGAAUGAAAAAAAACAUUUUCUUUACUAAAAUAAAGAUGUUUCUUGUAAACCUGCAAA